UUGUUGUGUAAUAUUCCCAACAUUUUCCUCAAUAAAUCAAGAAAUUAGAGUGCAGGAGGAAUUUGACAAAUAUAUACAAGUGGGUGGUUGGUACUGUCCGCUUCAACCAGACAAAGACCACCCGGUCCCCUUCCCUCUCUCUCUCUCUCUCACCACUUUCUCUCUCUAACUUUCCUUUUUUGUUGCUGUUUUUCUAAUUUUUUUUUUGUUUAAUCUUUUGGUUGAUUUGUUGUGGUGGUGUGUGUUGGGUUGGGAGGUGAUAGUUUGGAGUUGUUUGAGGUGGUUGUUGGGAUAAGUGAGUGGAGUGGAGGUGAGGUGGUGGUGGUGGUGGUGGUGGUGAUGAUUGGGGGUGAAUAUGGGGACGGCGGAGUUUUCUAGGGUUUUGGUGAUUGGGACGCGGGUGCUGUUCUGAGAAAGUUAUGCAGACUUUAUGGUCAUAAAGAUAACCUCUGCUGGAGUUAUUCGAAGGGUUCACGCUGUCUGUGUGGUUUGAGUGCGGGAAAGUGUGGAUCUGAACCAACUUUUUUGCUCAUUCCAGGGCAAAAAAGCCAGAGGUUUGAGGAAAAGUGUUUUAGUUACGUGGAUAGGAUUGCUGACCACAUUAUCAAUUGAGAUAAUCACAAGAUUUAUCGAGUAACUUCUUUCCCAGUCGGCCGUAGUUGAGUUCUACAUCAGUGAUCAAAGUAAUCAACAAUCAUAGCAAAAAGUGUUUUUUAGAGAGGACUUUGUGUUGGUUUUCUCAUGGCACACCUUGUGGCGGGUCAUUAUGCUGGAGAGCCUUCUCCAGGUUCCUCCAAUGAAGCUUUGUAUGAAGAACUUUGGCGUGCCUGUGCUGGGCCUCUUGUUACUGUUCCACGUCAAGGGGAACGAGUUUAUUACUUUCCACAAGGUCACAUGGAACAGCUAGAAGCGUCUACACAUCAGGGAUUAGAUCAGCAACUUCCUUCUUUCAACUUACCUAGUAAAAUCCUCUGCAAAGUGAUGAAUGUUCGGCUUUGGGCUGAAACUGAGACGGACGAGGUGUAUGCACAAAUUACAUUGCUUCCUGAACAAGAUCAAAGUGAGAUCACAACUCCAGAUCCCCCACUACCUGAACCUCCGCGGUGCACUGUCCAUUCAUUUUGUAAAACUCUUACUGCUUCUGAUACCAGUACCCAUGGUGGGUUCUCGGUUUUACGAAGGCAUGCUGAUGAUUGCUUACCUCCACUGGAUAUGUCUCAGCAACCGCCAUGGCAGGAAUUGGUAGCCUCUGAUCUUCAUGGCAAUCAGUGGCAUUUCCGUCACAUUUUCCGAGGGCAACCGAGGCGCCAUUUACUUACUACUGGAUGGAGUGUCUUUGUUAGCGCAAAAAAGUUAGUUGCAGGAGAUGCUUUUAUCUUUCUAAGAGGAGAGAAUGGGGAGCUUCGAGUUGGAGUGCGCAGGCAUAUGAGACAGCUAAAUAAUAUGCCGACUUCUGUUAUCUCAAGUCACAGCAUGCAUCUUGGGGUUCUUGCUACUGCAUCACAUGCCAUCUCCACUGGAACACUCUUUUCAGUUUUUUAUAAACCAAGGACUAGUCGGUCUGAAUUUGUAGUAAGUUUGAACAAGUAUCUUGAAGCUAAAAAUCACAAGCUCCCAGUUGGGAUGAGGUUUAAGAUGAGCUUUGAGGGUGAAGAGGUUCCAGAAAGAAGGUUCAGUGGGACAAUUGUUGGCAUUGAAGAUUAUUCUUCAUCAAGGUGGCCUAAUUCAGAAUGGAGAUCUUUGAAGGUCCAAUGGGAUGAGCCUUCCGCCAUUUUACGCCCAGAUAGGGUUUCCCCAUGGGAGAUAGAGACACUUGUUGGCCCACCUCCUCCAACCCUACAGACUCAACAUAGGAAUAAGCGGGCACGACCUACCAUUUUACCUUCCCCUAUGCAAAAUCUAUCUUCACUAGGCAUGUGGAAAUCACCAGCUGAAUCACCUUCAGCAUUUCGUUAUCGCGAUUUGUCACAUGGUCGGGACCCAUAUCAAUCACUUAAACUGGGUUCUGGUUCUGGAAUUGGCACUAUGAACUACAAUGACAAUUUGCUGCCAGCUCCCAGCAAUUCAGUGUACCAGUCUCAUCAAACAGAAAUUGCUGCCGAGUCAAUUGCACCAGUUAGCGAAAAGAGACAAGCAAAUGGCUGCAGACUGUUUGGUAUCGAGUUGAUAGACCGUUCAUUAGUUGAAGACACUUCACCAGCAUUCCUUUCUGUUGCUGCUCUUGAGGAUUCUCAGACUCCUCAUUUAGAUACUGAAUCUGAACAACUUUCUGAGCUACCAGACUGUAAUCCAUCUGAUUUCCCCUCAAGCAGUUGUGAUCCUGAAAAAUCAUGCCUGCAAUCCCCGCAUGAGCCGUACAGCAGGCAAAGCCGGAGCUGCACUAAGGUUCACAUGCAAGGCAUGGCUGUUGGGAGGGCAGUAGAUCUGACCAGGUUGCAUUGCUACGAGGAUCUACUCAAUAAAUUAGAAGAAAUGUUUGAAAUUGUAGGGGAACUCUCUGGGCCGACAAAGAAAUGGCAGGUUAUCUACACAGAUGAUGAGGAUGACAUGAUGAUGGUUGGAGAUGAUCCAUGGCAUGAAUUUUGCACUAUGGCGAAGAAGAUAUACAUCUACACAACUGAGGAAGCCAAGACGCUUUCGCCCAAGAUAAAACUUCCUCCUCCUGAAUCCAAAUCUGGCAAGCUCCUUCCAGAUGCUGCUACGGGAACCGAAGAACAGUCUGCCAUUGUGGGUUCUGACGACUGAUAACAACAUAGCUGAAAUAAAGUUGACAGUGCUCAAGCAAAACGAAUAAGGAGAAAUGGAAGACUAAAUCAAGAACUUGACUUGCAAUUUUGGUAAACAUGAUAGAUUGCCCAUGCUGGAGUAUCCAGCUCACAUCUUCUACCCGUGCUGGUGAGACAGAAGGGUGGUUUUCGUUCAGGUAAUAACAUCCGAGGAUGAGUACUUCCAUAACGAUAACGAUUCAGUUGUAGUAUUGUAUACCAGAGGGAACUUGUGAUGCUUGCUUGUUUGGAACCCAGUUAGGUUCAAGAAAUGUCUGAUGAGGAUAGUCUUGCCUUUUUUGUUUUGUUGUGCUACAAGUUAAGUUUAUUUGUCAAAUGGAUUUGUAUAUAAACAUAGGGCUUUCUAGGCAUACACACUCCCUCUCUAAAAAAGCUUAAUAAUAUUUUAGCAUCUCCAAUUUUGAUAGCUA